AUGGCGGCACAAUUGGCAGCAAAACUAGACUCGCUUUUAAACGAGCAUAAUAUCAACAUUCUCCAGAAAGACCUGUUACUAAAACAGCACCUCUCUACCUGCUCAUCCCAUUCAAGAUGUAUUUGCAAGGACUCGAACUAUUUGUGGAAAUUGAAGAAAUAUUUUGAUGGAUCAAAUAAUACUGAGUGGUUGGAUUACAUAAUAACUGAAGGAAAAGAUGAGCGCUAUUACCCAACAUUUAUGGCAAGCCUAGAGAACUUAGACACAAAUCCAACAUUGCAUAGUCAUGAAGAUAAUGGAGACUUCUCGCAGUAUGUUUUUGGUGGUCCCAACUUGUCUAAUGCAUGUAAAGAAACCAAUAUGGGAAGAAUAAUCAUACAACAGAAACAUGAUUCCCAGCACUUAUUACUCGGUAUUGAUGAGUCAUUUGAUGAAAAGAAGUUUAUCAAUGAGGUUCUAAAAGAUUUUGAUGCAUUUUCAGGCAAGAAAAAGCGAAAAGUGGAACGUCUUAAGACAAUAGUUCUCAGCGAUGAACUGGUUGAUCAAAAGAAGUUGGAUAAAGAAGAAAAACACAAAAACACGAAUGUUGUAAUGGACAAUAUAAACAUGUUUUUGGAACCAUCAAAUGACAAGUCGAAAAAAAGCAUUUUACUGAAUAGCAAAUCAGAGAUAAAUUUCAGUCAAGUAUUGAACGGACACAGUGACUGUCAAUCUGGGAAGGAAAAUAAAACUAAAAAAGGGUCACGAAACUUUUCUUCUCAUAAUUCAUUUUCAGAUUUAGCAUUUCCUAAACUUAAAUUCAAAAGGAAGAAAAGCCAAAUGAAGGACUAUCGUCAAUAA